AUGCAACAAAUUCAAGAUAAAGAUCCGAUUGAAUACAUAAUUUGGCAAGAAAACCUAUUCGAAACUAUUCAAUCUGCACCAAGUGAUCCUCAAAACGAAGCAGAUCGAAAUUUGCUCUUAUGCUACCAAGCUUGGGACAAUUUUCGUUCAACUCCUUACAUUAACAAAAAACCAAACAUUGAUAGUUUCUCAAUUUCUCAUAUUUGCAAUCUUAUUAUCCCAUUUUACAUCGCAAGGUGGAAUACAAUUAUCAGAGAUGACACUCAUGCGUUUCAUUUGAAGCCUGCAUUAGUAUAUAUCACAGCAUUUGUUGAUCAGAUGAAGAGAUUAAACGUUUAUAACUACGAUACUGAGAAAUUAGUCUUUACAAGAGAACAAAUAAUUUCUCAACUCUCAAACUCAGGCGAAAACUCUAAGAUUGUACUUAAACAGUUACUUAUUAAGAGUGUGGAAGAUGCUGAAGAGCUUAGAAUUCAAGUUCAACGCGAAAUUGAAGAAUGUUUGAAAGAUCCUGUUCGUGCUGCUAAAUUACAGGAUAUUUCAAUAGCUAAUGAUUCUCAGCUUGUUUACAGAUCUCUUGUUAUCCAUCAAGCAACCGAAGAAAUGGGAGAUAUGGAAGAUCUUCUUAAUGAUAGGGAGCAAAGUGACGUCAACCCCGAUGAAAUGCUUGCUGAAUCAAGAUAUAAUUACUUUGAGAAUGCCCAGGACUUAUUUGAUGAUGAAAACUCAGAUAAUAUCGAAAUAUCAAAUCCAUUGACAUUUAUUCCACAUGUUAUUGCUGAUUUCAAAGCUCUCCAGCGAUUUGUUGCUACUCACUACCAAGAUUUAACUCCAGAAGAGAGAGUACGGUUUGCAAAAGCUUUCUUUGAAGCAUCAACCAAAAAUCUUCCUAGUUUUAUUAUUAAGAAGUUCUCACAAACAAUCCAAUCACUGUAUAGAGAUUAA